AUGACUAAAAACGCAUUUAGAAAUACGUGUGAGAGUUUAAGUGCUGGAUCAGAUGCAGAAAAAUCCACAACCAAUAUUGUACCGCCAUGGUGUUCAUCAGGAAGAGUUUACGAAAGGCGAAACCCACGAAAAGUUUCGACUCGAGAAUUAAAAUCCUCAUAUCCUUUGCGAGAGAACAUUUGGGAAUACCUCAGAGAUCGGUCACAUUGCAAGAGGAAAUUUAAAAAAUGCUCCAAAGUCCCUCCUGAGGUGAAACAGAAGCCUGUAGCAGUGGAUGAAGAAUGUUGUUAUAGAAUGAGGUAUUUAACCACGCUGAUAUCUCGUUCGGAUUAUGCUUUAAGAAACACGCUCCGCAUACGAAGGACACUGUUCACAUCACAAAGCUACGGAACAGUAGCAAACAACAGGAACGCAAUAGGAAGCUACGUAGCCGGUGCGAGCGUUGUGAAGGGUAGCGAUACAAGCGAGUGGGGUAGCCGCGUGGCGUUGUGGGGUCUCGUGCCUCUGUGGCGAGCCGCGCCUCCCCCCGACACGAUACUGGCAUUGAGAAAACCUACGCCAGCUGAUUGUUGGCCUUUUAGUGGUUCAUAUGGCAAUAUUGAAAUACAUCUACCUCGCUUAACGCAAGUGGCCAGGGUUAGUGUAGAACAUAUUCGACCGGACACCGCUCGCAGCGCUCCAAAGGACUUUGUCAUAUACGGUAUCCUAGAAAACGGUACUUGGAUAAAAGCAGCAGAUGGAAUAUACCGGUAUAAUAAGCCAGCGAAACAAUACUAUUCAUUAGACAAUAGAAAUGCUCCUUUAAAACGCAUUGUUUUCCGAGUUUUGUCCAACCAUGGCAAUCCGAAAUAUACUUGUGUUUACCGUGUUCAUCUUUACAGCAACGAUUGUAUGAUUUAUAAUUGA